UCUCAGCCUACUUCGGUGCGUCCCGGUGGUCCGUGAAGACGCAGCGCGACCACAACAUGAGUCCCGGUCCGAGACGCACUUCCUAAAGUCCACUUGGGUUCCAAAGGGGCCACGAUGCUGUCUGACGCGAGCCUCCUCCUGCGUUUGUCCGUGGACCAUCCCAACUUUACACACGGCUCUGGGGCCAGGAACGAUACCUUCCUGGCUCAUCGCCGAAAAGAAUCGAUGUCCUUACCGAUAUUUAUGUUCGCCGGGGGCGCCGUGGGGAACAUCAUCGCCAUCGUCGUCCUCACCGUGUCGAGGCAGGAGAGGAAAAGUUCUGCUUUCUACACCUUGGUGUGCGGACUGGCUGUGACGGACCUGCUGGGGACUUGUUUAGCGAGUCCGAUCACCAUCGCCAACUACAUGGACGGAAAGUUGCUCCAAACCCGAAAACUGUGCGAGUUUCACUCCUUCUUGCUGCUCUUUUUCGGCUUGACCGGCCUGAGCAUCAUUUGCGCCAUGGCGGCGGAGAGGUACGCGGCCAUUUGCUGCCCGUACUUGUACGGACGCUGGGGGGUGGACCGACGCUCCGCGCGGACCUUCCUGACGUGCGUGUACGCCGCCAACGUGCUCUUCUGCUGUCUCCCGGUGAUGGGCGCCGUGAGGAGCAAGGUGCAGCCCUCCAGAACCUGGUGCUUCAUCGACCUGAGGACAUCGGAGCCGCUGGCCGCCGCCUACUCGGUGCUGUACGGCGCGGUGAGCGUCGUGCUUAUCGUGGGAACCACCGCGCUCAACGUGGCGGUGUGCGGCGCGCUGCUGCUCAUGCGGCGGCGCAGCGUGACCAGGCUGGGCAGCGGCAGGAGCAGCAGCGUCCGGGACAGGUGGAAGUCCCUGUCCUCGGCCGCCGAGACUCAGGUCAUGGCGGUGCUGGUGAUGACCUCGGUCGUGGUUCUGGCCUGUUCGGCUCCGCUGGUGGUCCGUGUGUUCGCCAACCGCCUGAUGCUGGAAGACGACCCCGCAGCCGACCUGGCGGCCAUCCGGAUCGCCUCCGUCAACCCCAUCCUCGACCCGUGGAUCUACAUCCUCCUCAGGAGGUCGCUGUUUCGCCGAAUCCUGGCGCUGUCCAGGCGAUGUAGAACUCGCGGCCGCCUGACAAAACGAAGGCGCCUGUUCUACCCGGAACACAUGAAGGACAGCAGCCACGUGUUCAGCCAGUUGAUGCUCGCCAGCGUCAUGGUGUCGCCCACUGAUGCCGACACUUUGUCACAGUAGCACACAGACACACUUUGUCACACGGGGGAACUGAGAGCGGGGAAGAUUUGCUUGAAGGAGGAAUCCACACCUUUGUGCGCGCAGUGGACUCACAGACUAAACUUGUGGGCUUGCAGCGGGGAAAGGGUUAUUUAAGGUCAAGCUUGAGACUGGUACACCUGUCAAUCACAGGAAGGACACAUAAGGAGCAUUCACACCAAAGCAAUUUGCACUACUUGUACAUAGUUGGGCUCUAAUGGAAGAAGUUUGUUACAUGAAGUGGAAACAUUCACCCUCACUUGAGCUCUUAUAAGACUAUGACCCUUUGGAAGGGUCAAAUAGGACACAAUUAUUAUUUUUUUAAUGUAUUUAUUGUACGUAAGCACGGGGGAUAACUUUCGUUAUCUCCAAGCCUACUUGACCUCUUAUAAUAUAUUAAAGGUUGGACAUAUGCAGGAA